AUGCAUCCACGCGUUCCGCGCUACUGGCGUUUCCGCGCUAAUGGCGUUUCCGCGCUACUGGCGUUUCCGCGCUACUGGCGUUUCCGCGCUGCUGGCGUUUCUGCGCUGCUGGCGUUUCCGCGCCACUGGCGUUUCCGCGCCACUGGCGUUUCCGCGCUGCUGGCGUUUCCGCGAUGCUGGCGUUUCCGCGCUGCUGGCGUUUCCGCGCUACUGGCGGGCAGUCACCUUGCUGCCAGCAUCAACGCACCGUGA